AUGGCCGCUCUCUCAGACUGGUUUUGGGACGAGAGGUUCUGGCUUCCUCACAACGUGACUUGGGCGGACUUGGAGGACCCAGCGCCCGGGGUGGAGUACCCGAAAGCCGGCCACUUGCUCAGAGCUUUACCCUUGGCCUUGGGGAUCUUCGCGGUGAGGAUAGUUUUCGAAAGGUUCGUAGCGGAUCCCUGCGCUCACAUCCUACACAUCCAGGCCGAGGUGAGCCGGAGAGCGCAGCCAAACGCCGUCUUGGAGAAAGUGUUUACAUCCAUCUCAAAGUCCCCAGACUCACGGCAGCUUGAUGGGCUUUCCAAGCAGUUGGACUGGGAGGUGCGAAAGAUCCAACGAUGGUUUCGACAUCGGCGGAACCAGGACAAGCCCAGCACGAGAACCAAAUUCUGUGAGAGCAUGUGGAGGUUUACAUUUUAUCUGUGCAUAUUUACCUAUGGGUUCUGCUUUCUGUGGCAGAAUCCCUGGAUGUGGGACACACAACAGUGCUGGUACAACUACCCCUUUCAGGUUCUCACUCCUGGUCUGUAUCACUACUAUGUGAUGGAGCUGGCCUUCUACUGGUCUCUUAUGUUCUCCCAGUUUACAGACAUCAAAAGAAAGGACUUCCUCAUCAUGUUUGUGCAUCACCUGGCCACAGUGAGCCUGAUCAGCUUCUCUUACGCGAACAACAUGGCACGCGUGGGCAGCCUGGUCAUGUGUGUUCACGACGCUUCUGACUUCCUCUUGGAGGCUGCCAAGUUAGCGAACUAUGCCAAAUACCAGCGCCUGUGUGACUUCCUGUUUGUGGUGUUUGGAGCAUCCUUCAUUGGAACGAGGCUCAUCAUUUACCCCUUUUGGAUCUUGAACAGUACGAUGUUUGAGAGUUGGGAGAUCGUCGGGCCGUUCACCUCAUGGUGGGUCUUCAAUUCGCUGCUGCUAGUGCUGCAGGUGCUGCAUAUCAUCUGGUCCUACCUCAUAGUCCGCAUCGCCUUCAACGCCCUCAUGAGAGGAAAGGUAUCCAAAGACGUCCGUAGUGAUAUCGAAAGCAGCUCAGAGGAAGAGACUGAAACGAACCAAACUCGCACAGCUUCACCCAAACGAGAGAACGGCACCAACGGCCAUUUCGCCGCCAAGCCCUGGACCCAGAACGACGACAGCUGGUGACCCUGCGUGACCUCCCUGCCACUCUCAGAGCUGCUGUCACCACAGCAUCUUAAUUGGACUUUCAUUCAACUGUUCCCAACCAAACCAUGAAUAUCAUGGGACGCCUGAGACUGUGUGCACAUUCCCCAAUUUUACUACACACUUUGAGUUGACAUGAUUUAAGCCUUAUUACGGUGAAGAGUAAGAUGGUCUCGACGGCUUUACGGACACAGAUGCUUAAUGUGUGGAAAACAAAAAAAAACAAAAAAAGACACAGAGGACGAAUGUGAGAGAUUAAACGAGUGAUUUUUGCAUUCCCUUGUUUCAGAGGCGAAAGUGCGCUCACUGUCUUCCUAAAGCUUCACGUUUUACUGGAGUCAGGGAAGAAGUCCUUUCCCACUUUUAAUUUUAUUCCCAAUGUCUGAUGUACUUGAGCAUUUUUUUUAUGUAUUUCACCAUCCAGUUACUUUUUGUGUGUUUUGGUUUUCUUUGCUUGUUCUGUUUUUCAAGUUGCUUAAUUUUCUUAUUUGAGAGACCAAAUAAGUUUAUUAAAUAUGAUUUGAUUGAUGCUUCA